AUGGAAGUGCCUUCUCAACCAACCGAAUCAGUGACAUCAGGCAAUACUGAAGAAGACUGGGAAAUAUUUGAAAUUUUGUGCAAACCAGAUACUGCCGUAGUCAAGAUGGAAGAACAACAAGAAAUCGAUGUAACAACGUCUCUUAGAAGUGAAUUGGCAGCAUUGCAAUAUAAAAGGGAUCGUCUCACUCAAGAAGUGGAAGAAAUGAGGUCGCAAGUCAGAUCACGCGAUCAGCACUGUUUAGAACUGCAAGUGGAAGCUGAUCAGCUGAGAGAGCAAGCUGCAAGGCAAAAUUCUAUAAUAUGUUCGUUGAAGAAGCGAGUGCACGAGCUAGAGGAGAGAGAAAGAAAUUUGUUUGCUGCGCAAGGGAGAAACGAGAUUGCUUUGCAAACUGCGCAGAGAGAUGUUAGAUAUAGCGAAGAAAAAGCAAAAGAACUCGAAUCCAAAGUGCGACACUUAGAAAUCGCUCUGAAUGCCGAAGAGCAAAAAAAAGAAACAGCCAGAUUACAAUUCCACGACUUCGUACGAAGACUAUCAGUGGCUUUGGGAGCUGAUUUCAGCGAGACCUCAUCGCCCGAAGCUCUAGUUCAUAAAGCUUCAGAAUUAGUUCAGGAAACGUCGAGACUCAGAAACAAAACUCACAACAUCACUGACACUUUGGGCUCAGUGGAACUCGAUUUAAGAACAUGCCGAGAGAAUUUCGAUAGGACUUUGUCGGACAAGGAAUGUCUACAGCGCCAAGCGGCAGCUCAAAUAUGCGAAAUCGAGCGAUUGAGGCAAGAAAAGGAGGCGCUGGAAAUGCAAAAUCGUGUCGUUGAAAGGGAAUUGAGCGAGCUGAAGGAGAAAUUGUCGAUUUCUAAUAGAAGUUUGGGGUCUGCUAGUGGCAAUAUUGCACAGCAAGAAUCUAUUAUUUGUCAACUUAGAGAUGAAAUCAAAGCUAGAGAUGAAAAACUCAUAAGACUGCAAUCUGAACACAAGCACACUUUAGAAUCACUUGCUAUUCAACUGAGUACUCCAACUAGAUUUGUGGAUUCUAUAGAAAUAGCCAUCAAAGAAAAAAUUCAUGAACUACUAUCAGAUAAUAAUGAAAAAUCGGCUCAAAUAGAUAACUUAAGAGAUAAACUCAAUCACGAAUCUCAACAAUUAUCCAGACAAAUUUCGCUGUACGAUCAAGCCAAUACGAAAAUCCGCAUGUUGGAAGACGAAAAAAACCAUUUGGAAAAUAGACUGCACAAAGCUGACACUGAUAUAAAUGCAUGUGAAUUAUCUAGAGACGGACUGAAAAGAGAUAAGUGCACUUUUAUGAAUUUCCUGGAACGUUUGGCUCGAGCUUUAAAUAUGGAUGAAAUUUCACACGAUAUUGGAGUGGAACUGCACACUGAAUCCUUGCUCCUGAGGGCAGAACAGCUGGCAAGAUUGGAAAGUGACAAAUUAGUAGAUAAGCUGCUUUGCUGCGGAUACGGAACGUUACCCAGACUAAGUUGCAUGAGACGAGAACGUUCCUUUCAUGACAUACCAUUAAGAGAUGUAAGAAUAAAAAUUCUUGCUAAAAAUUCAUUUAAACAUAUUCACUUUCAUGGUAUGAUCAUAACCGCCAUGGUAUAUCAGCUUCAAAGGAGAGUGCGCACUCUACGAGAACAAGUCCAAAGAAAAGAUCUUCACUUGGAUCUGUUGAGAAGGAAAUUGACCUUGCAAGAAGACACCGUCAAAACCAAAUGCUUAUUGCAAAGCGAACGGGAUGAAGCUAAUUCCAGAGUCAAGAAGCUGGUAAAACAAGUGGACAGAUUGCAAUUGCAGCUGAAUGAAGCUAAGAUGCAAAUUAGGGAGUUGAAUAGUCAAUUAGCUGAAGCUGCUGAUUAUAAGAUAACAGCAUUGGAGAGGGCUAGGAAAAUUGAAGAGCUUCAAAAAAAGCUCAUAGACUCGGAAACUAUACGAACCAAGUAUAAUAGGAAAGUGACGUUGCUCAAAGAACAGAUUCGUCAUACAGGAGAAACUAUAGAUCAGGAGAGGAACAUCAGUGGACAUUCUUUGCAAUUAUUGAGGGACGAAUUGGCACGUGUAAAAGACCAACUCUCCGAAUUCCAACGUCGCGAAUCCCAACUACAAAGCUUCAAACACUCCAUAGCGAAAAUCCUAGGCGUCGUCCUACCGAUGCCAGAUUACGAACUAGUCUCAAGACUGCAAAAACUGGUCGACGCGCAUCACGAUUUCACAAUAGUUUCGCGCAGAUACGACGAUCCAGUUUUGAGAUUGACUGCCAGAUCGCCCACGGGCGGUUCCAGGAUAUCUAGGACUCCUGAUAGGUCGCGGUAUGAUGAUUCUGGAUAUGUGGAUGCGGUUGAUUUGGAUAAUUCCGAUGAGGAUUUGUACAAGAGGCAAUCGAGAAUUUGACGAACAACGUUUAAAGAUAUUUAGGAUGUAAUCUAGUUGUACACUGCCAAUUAUAUAAAUACAAUGCUUAUAUAUGUGAAAUUUUUGUAUUACAGGGUGGAAAUAAAAAUUAUAUGUUAACUGUAUAAUUUUAUUCAUUAAAAAAUAUUCAAAUCUGCUCUUAAAACUAUAACAUAAUAUCAUUGAUAUGUAUCAUUAAAAAUAUCAUUUACAGCUAUUGCACAGCAAUUCCAGCUCUUUCCUUAAACUCGUCAUCAUUAACAAUAACAAAAUCCUUCAACAGAUCUUCCUUAUCGACAAUCAUUUGUAUAUCAAGCAUGGCCCUUUCAAAAAUACCAUCUUCAUUGUUUUCAACAGCCUUCAAAAUCCCUAUUAAAUCCAUUAGUAUGUUUUGUUGGUCUUUUAAUUUUUCAAUAACCUUAUCAAUAAUUUCAACAGAUGGGUGAUCUGAGCAUAGAUCUUUAAUCAAAAUUGAUAUAUCAGCUACCGCAAAGGCCACUGACAAAACUCCUGAGAUUCUAGCAAAAUUUGCAAUAAGAGAAGGCACAGUUCUGCCAGUAAGGCCUAAUAUGUUAUAAAUAAAUUGAAAGCUUUUUUCAGUCAUGUGAAAAGUUUUUCCAAUCACUGGCAAAGUCUCUGCAGCAAUAUGCUGUAUAUGGUGCAGCUUAACAGCAGUGCUUAAGGAAGAUAUCACUUGAUUGUUGGGUUUUUCCAUUAUGUUUAUCACCCCUUUAGCAAUACCUUCAAUAAUUGUCGAUAUAGCAAUAUCCCUGCUCAGACCUUCAUCCAUUAGCUGAGUGAUACACUCAUUGAAGUGGGCAAGACUUUUUUGCAUCCACAAAUCAAACAUUUCCUUUUCUUUUAGGAGCACAUUGAUGUCUUCCAUUAUAUUAGCAGAGGUCUUGUAGUCAAUGUAAUCUGUAAGGGCGUUUGUUAAGCUUCCUGUCACUGACAUAACAGCACCAC